AGGAGGGCACAAACCGGAAGUGGCCGUGCCGUGGCGGAAGGAGGUGCUUGCUGGGAGCAGCUGGUGCAGAGAGCAGCUCGGCGGGCAAAGAUGAUUCAGGCGAUUCUGGUUUUCAACAACCACGGGAAGCCGCGGCUGGUCCGCUUCUACCAGCGUUUCCCUGAAGAAAUCCAACAGCAGAUCGUUCGAGAGACUUUCCAUCUAGUCCUCAAGCGAGAUGACAACAUCUGUAAUUUCUUGGAGGGAGGAAGUUUGAUUGGUGGCUCUGACUACAAACUGAUUUACCGGCACUAUGCUACCCUAUAUUUUGUAUUUUGUGUGGAUUCAUCAGAGAGUGAACUUGGGAUCUUGGACCUCAUCCAGGUUUUUGUGGAGACUCUGGAUAAGUGUUUUGAAAAUGUUUGUGAACUGGAUUUGAUCUUCCAUAUGGAUAAGGUCCACUACAUCCUCCAGGAGGUGGUGAUGGGCGGGAUGGUGCUAGAAACCAAUAUGAAUGAGAUCGUGGCCCAGAUGGAUGCUCAGAGCCGGCUGGAGAAGUCGGAGGGUGGCCUUUCUGCAGCCCCUGCGCGCGCUGUGUCUGCAGUAAAAAACAUCAACCUGCCUGAGAUCCCGCGGAACAUCAACAUUGGCGACCUGAACAUCAAAGUGCCCAACCUGUCUCAGUUUGUCUGAAGGCGAGGCUCGGGCCAAACUGGAAUCUCUUAGAACAAGCAAAGCCAGGCAAGCCGGAAGCAGAACCUGCUGGCGCCUUAGAAGUGUCAGGCUGUGGCCCGGUUCCUGUGUGUGGGAGGAGUGGACCAGGCUUCCGUGCACCCCAGCCCUCUGCCAGCCGGGAUCUGUGCCAUGCCACCUGCACCUUUGCUCUCAUGCUCAUGCUCUCUCGCAGGCUGUCUCUGUCUGUCUGCUUCCCUCAUGGAUUGACAUCGUUCUCUGACUCCUCCUCCUCAGCGUCAGAGCUCCUGAGGUCCAGGAGGAGGAGCCAGCCCUUCUGUGUGUGUAAUGGAGUGGGAUUCAUGAGGCCUGCAACCACCUGCUGGCUCUGCUGGGGCCCUUUUACCUAGAAUCCUUUUGUAUAUGCAAGCUCUCUGGUUGCCACCUCUCGCAGAGGACAUCUUCCCCUUCCCUGUAGUCCUGGCUCAGUCCUCCCAGGUGUCUGUGUGCAGGAGGAAUCCAUAGCAUAAGCCCGGUGCACAGUGCCACAUUCCUCACCGUGCCACAGAGGUCCUCCUGGGGAGAAAGGGACCCUGUGUCUGUAGGGUUUAAAAUAUAUUCCCCUCAGGAAGCAGAGGCUCAGUUGCUGUGUCGUGAAUGAGGAGUCUCCCCACACCAGGAGGGAAUGCAGUGCCGCCAGUCUCGGAUUUGGAGCACGAAAGCCUGAGCAGGGGCCACCAUGCAGCUCCUGGACCUGCAGGACACCAGCUGCGCCCUCCCUGGGCUGGGCUCUGAGUACAUCCAGUUCCUUCAGGGACUGAGCAGGCUCUGGAGACCCGGAAAUGUUUAGAUGGGAUGAGACGACUUCUUCCUGUGGCUAACGUGGAGCUGGGACUGCCACCACACUCAGGCCUCUUGCUGCACACGGUCUGGUAGGCCAGGUCUCAGGGACAGGCUCGCGCUGCCUCGCACACUGGCUCCUCAGGCCUCCUGAUGAGUGGCAGGGCAGGUGCCAUGUGCAGGGUCCACAGAGCUGGCAGUUUUGAGCAGUGCUUCCUGUGGUUUGGGUCUGUUGCUCUCCGCAGCUUCUCGUUGUUGCUCUUCUAGGUGACCAGUUUCUUGGCAGGUGACAGUAGGCAGCCUCAUGUGGGAGGAAGGGGGGGAGGUAAAUGAUUUCCUCAUUUGAAGGAGUUGAGUUUUGGGGUUUUUUGUGACAGGAUCUUGCUAUGUAGUGCAGGCUGGCCUUGAACUCACAGCAACCCUUUUGCCUCAGCCCCCGAGUACUGCGAUCACAGGUGUGUGCACCACUUUUUUGAGGGGUAGACAUUUUAGCCCAUUGAAGUAGUAAUAAAACUAAUAGGAAAAAAAAGUAGUGUUUACUUUGCAUCUUCUGUGAGAUCCUCUGAUGCCGUAAGGCAGACAUUCUUAGCCCCUAUUGCAGAGUAAACUCUGAAGAGUAGUUCAGAAGCAGUGCAACCUGCUCUUGCUGCUCACAAAGCUGAGAUUUCCCUGUAUGUUUAAGAUGUCUCCUCUCAAUUUUAUCUCCUUUUUUAUAGUUAAGGAGACAGGCUCAAAGAGAUCUAAUAGCUUCUCAAAAACGGAUGAAAACAGGCCUGGUUUCCUAAGGUAGCUGGUAAGCACACCUAGAUUAAGAGGUGAAGGGUCCCCACGUACCUCCACCUAACUACUAAGGCCCAGAGUGCUACCUUUUAUUUGAGGGUCACAGAGUGAGGCCCGAGUCACUGUUCCUGUCAUGGCUGCAUGUAUGCUGCUGCACAGUUGUGACUGGGUUUCCUGAGAGUUUUGGUGCGUGGCUGAGAGCCCGUGCUCUCCAAAACCAUUAACUGGCCCCAUCGAUGUGAAAGUGAACAUCCAGACAGCACCCCUCACACUGUCCCUGCAGGUAGCAGAAAGCUUCAUACUGGCUUUUCAUUUGGAGAACUCAGGCCCUCUGGACAAGCCACAGUAUUCAUUCAUUACCUGCUUGAAAUUUCCUGCAAAUCCAGCCAGGCUUUUUAGCUGCUGUGCCCAUCAGCAUCUUUCUUUUUCUCCUUUUUUGGAGAAGGGAAACAGUGUUUGCUGCUGAGCAGUGUCAGUGGUGAGCGUAGGGGUUGGGUUUGGGUUUCCUGUGGUUGGCCCUGGGCUUCCCAGGUGGUGUAGGACACUGGGUGUUCAGCAAGCACCGCCGCUACCCAGCAUCUGUCCUGUCACACCGUUUCUAGGUGCCUGGUAAGGCCAGGCUCAAAGGGCGCUGCUUCCUCCCAUUGUCAUGAGCAUCUGAGAGGCUCUGCAUAUUGGGACAGGGUUGCCUGACCAGCAGCCAGUCAGCAAGUGGCUGAGACAUACGGAGAAUCUAAAGGAUAGACCCACUUCCCACCCUACGUGGCUCCACCGUGCACCUCCUACAGCCUGGCUAUGGUGUGGAUCUGAGUCCUCCUUACGUCCCCCCUCUGCCACACGCACAGCCAACCCUCCUUGGCCUCUACUUCCACCUCCACCACCCCAGAUCCAGCUUAGUGAUGCUGUAUAUGACCCCAGUUUCACCAGAAGAGGAGCCAGGGGGACACAACAGGACCAGGUUACUGGCUAAACCAGUGGCCCAGACUUUGGUAGAGGGCAGCCUUAGUAAGUCCACCUGGGCAUGGCUUCCCAGUAAAUGCACCACUAAGCCAGGAAGUGUGAGAAGCCCAGAGGGCUCUGUCAUCCACUGAUGAGCACAUGGCCAUCUCAAGCUUAAGGCUUCUGCCCUCCUGGGAGCCCUGAAGGACUGUAUGUGGGACGGGUGGACCUAGUGUACAAGUGGGCUGGUGACAAUGGCCUUUGGGCAGGUAUUUCCAGGCAAAUAAUGAUUCCUUUCCAAAAGACUUGAAAUUCUUUCCUAUUUCAGUUUUUCCUUUCAAAAAAAAGGGAGAAGAGAUGCUGUUGAGGUUCACAUUGUAAGAAAACACCAGACUGUGCUGCAGGAUUCCCAGCCUGGUAGCCACAAGGGUUUCCAACGUCAAGAACUAAAAACCUAAGCCCCUGAGUCUUUGUUAUCAGAACUGAGAGCACAGUGUCCUGGGAGCGAGUCACAUUCCAGCUAGCUGUGGCAGCUAACCUCAGCCCAAGAGCCAGCCAUCCUUUCCAGGGAGCAGGGGCCCGCCCAGCACCCCAGUGUUGGCACUGCCUGGCCUGGCCUGGCCUGCCCAUGUGUUUGGGUUGUUGAGUUGUGGCCUAGUGCCCGCUUGCAGGAUGUGAGCCCGCGGAGGACUCAUCUCAUCCGGUGCUACAUACCCGCUCCCACCGACAGUUCUUGCCUGUUCCGCUGCAUAAGGCUUAGCAUGUGAAGACCAAGGCAGAGGUAGCACGUUCUCAGUCUCUCUUAGCCUAUGCUUUCCGGCCCUGCACUCAGCACCUUGGGAACAAGGAUAAUGGCCUUGGGAGCAGGAGGUGGGGAGGCCCACUGGUGGCUGUGGAGAAUAGGAGAGGAGGGAGGCAGAGUGAACUAGGGUCAAAGGUGACAAAGUGCUCCCAAGUAGGAGCACAGCCCAGAGAGGAGGGAUCCAGUUUGGAUGUGAAUGUGUUAGCCUCGGUUCCCUAAAUACCUGGGGGGAAAUGCCUGUCCAUCCCAGACGCUGGGGCAUGGUAGUGAGUGCUACAGUCAGGGACCAGAGAGUCCCUGGCCUGUGGGCAGGGGAGAGAGAAACGUGCAGUCACGUAUGGGGGCAGGAAGAGAUGACCCUUAGCAGGUUUGCAGCUGCUCCACCAAAACCCUAGGCAAGUAGUGCGGUCCAGUGGUGGCAGGGUCUGCCGUGGAGACACUGGGCAGGAGUGUGGCGGGCCACCAGCCAGGUGCGCACACAGCCAGAGGCCGCCAGGGAUGAGCCCCAGCUGCUGCAGUGCCAGGCGCUCCGCAGAGGGAGUGCGAACUGAGGAAGCAGAUGACUGUCCCCUGCGGUCCCAGGAAGUGGUGAGAAGGCACAUCUGUGGCUCAAGAGAAAUGAGGGCAACCAAGGAACAGUGGUGAUACUGGUCCCUGCUCUGGUCCCCUCAGUGGCAUGCCAGGGCCAGGGGCACUGUGUGGAGCUCUAGGGGAGGUGGCACAGGCCUGCGGAAGUGAAACUUCCUGUCCAGUAAAGAGGGCUCCUGGUCAGAAGAACAAGGCUAUGACUGGUGAAACCACAAGUGCGGGGCGGGGGAGGGCCUUGGAACUUCUUUUCCUCCUAGUGGAAGGACCCAUGUGAUGAGCUGUGACCAAGCAGCCCCGGCUGAGGGGAUCCCGUAGGGACUCCAAGCACACCUUCCAGUGCCGCUCAGGGCCAUCUCCCCACACCCCAGCUUCCCAGGCCUGGGCCGAGGCAGGCCAUUGCCCUCUGCAAGCCUGUGAGCUGGUGGUACAGCUAGGUGAUGGGAGAGAACCCAGGGACUAUUUUCAGAGAUGUGCCCAGCAUCUCCCAAACCAAGCUGAGGUUCACAGUACAGACCCUUCCUGAGUUAGGAUGAGGUUAUGUCCCAAUAAAGCCAUUCUAACUUGAAAAAGCAGAGGAAUACAGAACACCCCGGUGCUCAGCAGAGGCAUGCUGUUUUCCCCGCACUGUUAGCUCAGCGAUUGCCCCGAGCCGCUCGCCACCACAGCCUGACAGAGGAUCUUUCUGCAGGUCAGCGGCUCGGGGAAGCACAGUAGGAGUACAGUUCCUGCUGCACCAUGGUAAAACAGAAAGAUCACACGCCUGGGCUGUCUGUUUCCCGAACUGCACCAACCAGGCUCUGACCAGUCAGGGCGGAGGGACCAGGCUUGGGGUUCUGGACUCAGUGUGCCGCCUCCUCCUCAAGCACGGUGCAAGAGGGGACAGCAGCCUUCCCAUACCUUCUCCGGCCCUUUGAUGCCGGUGGCAAACUGGUGCCAAGAGAGAGCCACAAGCCUAGCACUCUUCUACUGCCCCUCAACAGCCGGAGAAGAAGAUGCCCUCCUGGUGCCUCUCAGGUGCAGGACACCAGGCACCUGCCAGGCUUCCCUUGGUGCCUCCCCAGCCCCAAGCAGCAGCAUGCGGGCCUGGGAAGAGCCUUAUUCCUGUUAGAGAAGCACUCUACACCAGAGUCAGCUAGGAUCUGCACUGCCAAGCAAUACCAGCUUUUCUAGACCUUGUUCCGAAGGGCUGGGCAGUAUCGCUAGACACUCUUGCAGGCCACCACUGCCUGCACUGUCACCCACAGGAAGCAGCUCCCACCCUGUCCUGGAAUCACCAGUGGAGGGCGAGAGUUUCCUGCCAAGAUCCCCUCCUAGGUGCUUCUGCCCUUUCCCAUGCCUGGGCCCUAGGGCUGCCACCCAGCCCAGUGGUUGUUUAAGGUACAUAGUGACAAGGGAAUCCCAGGGCUCCAAACUCUGCCUGGCACCCCAGCCCGAGUCUGGCACAGGGAGCACCUGCAACGGGACAUUCCUGCCAGCCCUGCCCCGAGCCCCUGAGCCCCCAAACCCUAGACCACCACCCGUUCUUGUUAUGUCACCUCAGAGAAGCCACAGGCUCCAGGCCAGGCACUGUCUUUGGGUCAUAUAGUUCCCCAGACUUGUGGGUCCUCCUGGGUGGCCCUUGCUUGUCCCUGAUCAGUGCCGAGGUGGCCUAGUUCCCAUCUUCUCAUCCCAUUUUAAGCCUAAGCCUGGGUUCUGUCCCAUCUCACCACCCUACAGCAGUUAAAGCCUUUGGAGAAGCCUCAGAAUGAGGGCUGCUGGCCCAGUGAGGAGCCCCUUUUUGGCCCAGACCAAACCAGGAUGGAACUGUGUGGAUGGUGAGCGAUAGGUGUGGAGGACAUUCUAAGAUUGGCAGGAUUGCAGGGCUGUUGCUGGGCAUGGAGUAUGACCCAGAGAAGACAGGCGGGAGAGAUAGAGGUGACCUGCAUAACAGAGGCCUGGUCUGAGCCAAGGGCCAUGGUGAUACAGGGGACAGAAAUUCCUGACCUGCUAGAUGUCCAAAUUGCCAAGUUCCUGUUCUCUAAAAUCAAAGAAUAAAUUUGAGGAAUAGGGGAAAUUAGGAAGAAUUCAUUGAAAGAAAAAAAACUUCUGCCCAAGAGAAACAGAGGGGACCGGAAAGUGGGUUGGCCAUUGCCACCACUUCUCAAGGGUGUUUACUGAGCAAAGUUACAAGAUGAGGAGGGUUUAAGGUGGGACAAAACUGUAGUCACCUAACAGGAUUACAAGUACAGUCACUCAGGUAAUACUGAUCCGAUGAGAAGCCAUAAGGUGAGUGUGAGAGGGACAAAGCUGUGGAGAACCUGUAAGAUCACAAUAUGGCCGGGGCUUAGCUCAGGGGCACAAGUGCCUGCCUGGCAAGCUCGAGGUCAUGAGUUGGAUCCCCAGUACCACCCCUCCAAAAAAAAGUACAGUGGCUGAGAUAAUACUGAUUAAGUGCGAAUCAAAUUGUGCAACAAGUCGUGUAGCAAGCACACCUGUGGGGCGGACAAGGACUUUUCUUAAGGAAAGGGUAAAGAGCUUCGGUACCCACCCCAGCGUGAUUGGCACCUUCCAGAGUAUCAACCACAGCUGCUCACCCCUCAGGGAAGCGUGUGGAUCCUCUUUCCCUGAGCCUGGCCUUCAGUGAAUUCCCCUCCAGUCACAGUUGUUUUCUGCACUGAACUUUCCAGGGCCUCAGCCCUGACUGCCUAUAUUAUUUUUAAAUAACUUAGCUGGGAGGAGCUGAGUAUAGAGAGCAGAAAGGGAGGUCAGCGUGGCUGUGUGUGUCUGUGCAGGGGGACAGUCAGGGUGGGUAGGAGGGCAGGUGCACAUGCCGGAGGGGCCAGGGAAGCCAAAGAACUCAGCCAGGCAUCGUGGCGCAUGCCUGUAACCCCAGCACUCAGGAGACUGAGGUAGGAGGAUCAGUGAGAGUUGAAGACCAGUUUGUACUCCAUAGUGAGUUCAAGUCCAGCCUGAGCUACAUAGCGAGCCUGUCUCAAAACCAAACCAAAAAAUGGACUGAGACCAGGGUUGGAGAGGCUCAGCUUAGGAGAAAGCAUUCAGGGGCUGUGGACUGGAGUCUCUAGGCACUGGGAAACGAAGGUUAAUAGGUGGGGCUGUUGGGAAGAAGGUACCCCAGGGAAGAGAUCCUCAUUACCUCCAGUGCAUUUAACUGAUCCCUGAGUUCCUGUUAUAGUCAUGAACCAGGUGCCCGUGGGGAACUCCAACCUGGGAGCAGGGGUGGCUGGGCUGGAUGGCAGCCAGAGCAGGGCUGGCUGGCACCAGGGACAGCAGGAUGGGACAGUGUGUGCAGGCCCCUCCCACUGUCUCCAGCCUGCAUGCAAUGACAUUGUAGCCCCUGUUGGGAGAAUUACACUCCCUGCACCUCGGUCACCAGGCACUGCCUGUGACUUGCUUUGUAGUUAUACACAGAGAUGACACAUUUCGAGGUUCGAAUCAGGCAGGAUGAAUGCUUUACACCAUUGGGGGUAAAUCUGUGGCCUGCAUGUUGUUCUUCUUUUAAAACAAAAGAGGUUAAUAUAUUGCAGCAAUGUUACAGGCAGCUGAGUUAGUUAGAAAUAUCAUAGGCUGGGCUGGGCCCUCCAAGGAGCCAGUGCAGAAGACCAGAUACCUAGUAACCUAGGAGAACACCUCCCACUGUGGGCCAGAUCUCAAGACAAAAGACAAACAAAUGCAACCACACCCUAAGCGUGGACAUCAGGACUCACAUUCUAAAUAGGUAAGGGUCACCAUGUGGAAGCCCAGUGUCAUCCCAACCCCCUACUGAAAGAGUCACUGCUCGUUAGCUGGCCUGCAUGCUGCGUGACUUGGUUCCCUGCUCCUGAUUCCGUCAGUUUUACCUGAACUGUUAAUCUUAUUGGUUGACCUUAGUUCUGUCCCACCUCAGGCCCACCCUCUUUGAGUUCCUGUUUCCCCCCACUUUGGAACCAUCUUGCCUCCAGGUUUUUGCUUUAUGAAAGUCCCUAGAAAAGCCGGAGGUGGUGGCUCACACCUGUAAUCCCAGCACUCGGGAUCUUUGGCGAGUUUGAGACCAGCCUGGGCUACAAAGUGAGCUCAAGGCCAGCCUGAACUGCAUAGUGAGACCUCUAUCAGCAGGAUGUAAAGAGCAGCCUCCUGGAACUCCUUGCUUGUCCCUGUUGCCUCUUAUUCUGGUGCAGAUGAGAUUGGCAACUAUGUCCUGUGAACAGGGUUUGUCCUCAUGUUCUCACUGGACUCUCAAGGCUCCGUCUCCUUUCAAGGCUAAUCUAUUACUUGAUUUGUCUUGCUUCUCUGCCCCUCCCCCACUCCUCCUCAGCCGAAUGUUAAAAUAGAACCUCCCAGAAAGAAUGGCCACUAUCAAGAAAUCAAUCAGUAACAAAUACUGGAGGGGCUGUGGGGAAAAAGGAACCCUUCUCCACUGUUGGUAGGAGUGCAGAUUGGUGCCACCACUGUGGAAAUCAGUGUGGAGAUUUCUCAAAAAAGUAGGACUAGAGGUCCCAUUCAAUCCAGCUACUCCCCUUCUUGGGAACUAAGACAUCAUACCACAGUGAUAUGUGUGCACCCACUUUAUAGCAGCAUAGUUUAUAAUAGCCAGGUCUUGGAAACAACCUAAAUGCCCAUCGACUGAGGGAUGGAUAAAAAAAGAUGUGAUAUUUUUAUGCAAUGGAGUACUACUCAGCCACAAAGAACGACAAACUGGAUGCUUUUAGGUAAAUGGAUGCACCUUGAGAACCUACGGAAAAGUUCUUCCCCUAGUAUAAAUUAAAAUUAGUACAGUUAUGGUGGUGGUCUAAAGGCGGAAGGCCAAAGCAAAAACGCUUACCAUUUCCUCCUUCUUCUUCAGCCCUAAUUGCAACUCCCUUUUUUGUUUGGAUGCAAAGAAAAUUCCAAUCAGUUCCUCACACAUCAUCAAUGCCUGCCCCAGAGGCCACUUCCGGUCAGAGGUCAUAUAUGUGCUCCUUUCCAUGUCCUCAAUAAACCUGUUCUUAUCUUUUUUGUACUUUUCGUUUUUCUGUUGUGCCAAAAACUUUAACACAUACUCAUUAAUGAAAUAAAUAAGACACACAUGUGUAAACAUCAUAUUGUUUCAUUAGUGUGACAAGCAAAGAAAAAACGUGUAUGUGUAUGUACAUGUUUAUAAAAAGUUAGUUAAGAUACACUGAUUUCUCUGAGUUCACUGAAGGGAAAGAUCUGUGCUGGUACUGUUCAGACUCAUGCUGAUGUCCUGUGCUCUGGGUGAGUGAUUUAGGGAAGACAGUGCUCAAUAUAUGUACCAUUCUUGGCCCCUGAUUGAUGUUUUUGGAAUUUUGUUAUAGUUCUUCUCAUCUUCUUCUUUUUUUUUUUUCUAUUGAUCUUUUAAUAAAAUGGAUUUGGAAAAAAACAACAACCCUCCCCCCUAAAACCUAGAACCUUUCCUUUGUUCUAAUGCCCAGCGCUUUGCACAUGAAUUUGGCUGAGUCAAUGUGCAUGUGAAAUCCUGGAAAUAAAUCCUCCUUUUUCCCCA